CGCCAUCAUGGGCCUCGUCGCUCCGACACCGCGCGACCCGACUGCCGAGCCGGUUCGCCCGACUAGACGCAGGAAGCCAUAAAGGGAGAAGAACAAAGAAAAUAAGGACCAUGAAAAGAGACAUGGAAAAGGACAAGUACAGGAACAGCAACGGGGAUGAGACAUCUGCAUUAGUUCUGACGUACACAAAACACUCCCUCAGGAGAUCAUCAUGAAUCAGAAGUGGGGAUACUUGUCGAUGAUGCACAAUGUUAAGCCCCAUUUGCAACUCUUCAGAAAAUGAAGAUGUCUGUGCCUACAUAUACUAAAACCUAGACAACAUUUAGGCAUGGACUGAGCACUAUUGCCACUCAUUGGGCCCUCUGGGCUGAUACCUCCUACCAGAUUCAGCCCCUCUACCUCCAGUAGCCGAAGGACCCUUCCCCACAGAGCCUUGUGUUAUGUGCUGCUGCAAUGUGCUCCAUGGGAACCAGUGCCACCAGAUUGUACAGUACUCUGGCUCCAACUAUAACUGAUAAUGGUAUUCCACAGUCACAGGAGGAGUAUGUUGUAGAGACGGGCUUGGAACCAGUCGAUCCAACAGACCCAAAUGACCUCCUCAAAGAAUGUCAGAGGGUCCUUGAAAACCGACCACCCAGACUUCAGCGGGAUUUUCUCCAUCUAAAGAAAAGUAAAAAUGCUGGUGACUGUCGUCCGAUCAAAGUCCUUCAAUGGAACAUUCUAGCACAAGCUCUUGGAGAAUGGAAGGAUAACUUCAUCAAAUGUCCAAGAGAAGCUUUGAACUGGUCAGAGCGUAAAUACCUUAUCCUAGAGGAGAUUCUGACCUACCGUCCAGAUAUCCUGUGUCUGCAAGAAGUGGAUCAUUACUUUGACACCUUCCAGCCUGUUCUCAGUGGGUUAGGCUAUCAUUCGACCUUCUUUCCUAAACCAUCAUCUCCUUGUUUGGAUGUAGAACAUAACAACGGACCAGAUGGAUGUGCUUUGUUUUUUCUUCGAGAGAGGUUUGAAUUGAUUGACAGUGUCACGUUAAGACUGGUGGCCAAGAUGUUGCAGACCAAUCAAGUGGCCAUUGUACAAACCCUCCGGUGUAUUGAAACCGGCAGAAUGUUUUGUGUUGCGGUUACACACCUGAAAGCCUGCAGCGGCUGGGAGCGAUUCCGUUCAUCACAGGGCUGUGACCUGCUUCAGAACUUGGAAAACAUAACAGGGACUGGUAUUCCCCUUAUUGUGUGCGGAGACUUUAAUGCAGAGCCCACUGAGGAUGUUUACAAACAAUUUACAAAGUCCAGUCUCAAUCUCAACAGUGCCUAUAAACUGUUGAGUGAGGAUGGGCAAUCAGAACCUCCCUUCACCACAUGGAAAAUACGACCCUCUGGUGAGAGCUGCCAUACAUUGGAUUACAUUUGGUAUUCCCAGCAUGCAUUUGCUGUGAAUAGAUUACUCAAUUUGCCCACAGAGGAACAGAUCGGCCCUAAUCGGUUACCAUCAUUUCAUUACCCUUCUGAUCAUUUGUCACUUGUUUGUGAAUUUAGCUUUCUUGAUCAACUUGAUUGAUGACUCAUUUCAACCUGUUGCUGGAAGUGAUAUUAAAGUUUAAUCAGUUGAUUAGUUGAGUCUUUCACCUCGCCCACCAUUCACAUCCACACCCUCAUUUAAUCAUUGAUUUUGCAGUAUUAAGAAUUCCAACAGAUGCCCUUUUCAGAUUAGGAUUUAAAUGAGAAUACCACACUCUCAGGUGCAACCAGUUACAAACCCUGAUUAAAGUACCAGUAAAGUUCCAUUUCUUUAAAGCAAUUACAUUACUCUUGGUGUUAAAUUUGUCUUAAUUUAUAGUCCGUAAUCCUUGGUUAGCAUUUUGGUUGUGCAAAAUAAAAAUGGCUAGCUUUGCUGCUUUACACAAUUAUUACGGCUUAACUGCAGUUCUUCCCUUCCUCUGUUGCUGCCUGUGUGGAGUUUGCACAUUCUUCCUGUGACUGAGUGGGUUUCCUUCUGGGUGCUCUUGUUCCCCCCACCCCCAACAGACCAGAGACAUGCAGGUUGAUAGGAUAAUUGGCCACUAAGUGUGUGGUAGAAUCUGGGAAGAAUAAACAAAGGAAUUAUUAUAGGGUUAGUACAAAUGGUCAGCGUGGAUUGAAGGGCCUGUUUCCCUGCUGAAUAAAUGCGAAUUCUAUGUGCAUGGUAACAGCACACUGUCACUUGCUGCAAAUCUGAUUUGUUUUCCCAUUUCCCUAUCAUCUGCUUUUUGAGUUAAGGGUGGUUUAUUGAGGUUAUUGGAAUUCAGUGUAGAUAUACACUACCCCUGUAGUCAGCAGUCAAGGAAAGUUCUUAACAGGAAAGGUUUUUUUUGUUAACCUUGUUCCUGAGCUGAAAGGUCGUUCAACCCAAUGUGGCAAGCCUUUUUUAAAAAUAAACAGGUUCAAUGUCUGUGCUAAAAUAGUGAGUAUGGGAAUUUUAUUUCUUUGCUGGUACUGCCAAUAGUGAUAUUUGGACUUGUGUGGUGGCAGUCUACUGGAAAUACUUGAAACAUCUGAACUGGAUACAGGAAAUAACUAUGUUGCAGAUAUUCAGUCCUAACUUACUAAAUCCAAUAAUAUAAAAUGUUGACCACUAUUAUACAAUAGGCUGAAGGUUUCCCUUGUGUACUUUUUCACAAACUCUGUGCACUUCAAGAUAAGGUCUGGUGUCUUAAGCACAAAGAACUUCAUUUAUUUUUUUAAUAAAUCUUAAUUUUAGUGUUGUUCUGAACCCAAUAAAUUUUAAUUGUCUAACCAGUGUUUUGUGUGUUGUGAAAGGUGUAAAUGAUCAUUUGCUGCAUUGUACAGCCAGGUAUUUUGUUCUGUUUUUACCAUUAUGGUCAAAGUUAUUUAAUGCUCCAGUUGUGUCACAAAAUGGAAUGUAUAAUAUUGCACCAUUUUAGGAUCUUUGAAUUACAGUAUUCAGGGAUAAGUCAUAAGUCUGUUUGAAAAUCUACUGCACUCCAGGCUAAAUUACAGUGAAUACAUAAAGAUAAUUUAUUUUAACUUAAAUGCAGGUAUUUAUUUUUGUUGUCAGUGCCAAUAAUUAUGUAUAGGUAUGCGUGAAGGAAGUUUAAAAAUGCCAAUCUGGAACUUGUAAUCAUGUAGUUGGCUUCUUUCAAACAUACUAUGCACAGAAACCAAUCAAUCAAAUUUUACGUUGUCAGGCUCAAUAAUAAGACCUAAACGCUUUAGCUUUGAGCUGGUAACUAAUCAAAGGCUUGUAAUUCCAAAUUGUUAUGAAAUAAAUCCAAACUCUGCUAUUAAUGAA